AUGCAGUACAAGGCCCUUGCCACCCUGCUCUUCGCCACGGCAGCCGUUGCUGUCCCGGCUUCCGAUGCCACCAUCUCCUCCGACGACCUGCUGGAUAACAUCAACCUUCCCAUCGAAACCGAGACUAUCCCAAGCGGCAUCCUAUCCGUCAUUGAGACUGCCAUUCCCAGCACGUGGGCCCAGGCCCUCGAAACCGACUCGGCCUUCCAGUCCUCCGUGCUCAAUGACCUCCUCCACAGCACCUACCCAGCCUGGUACAACAGCCUGCCCGAUAGCGUCAAGUCAUGGGCCACCGCCGAGGGUGAGGCCGAGGUCUCUGCUCUUUCCAGCUACUUCAGUAUCCAGCCCACCGUUACUCCCACUUCGGGCUCCCACGCUGCCGGUAGCAGCUCUCACGCUUCGUCUACUCCUCUUUCUACCGGCCACAACUCGACCACCGCCUCUACUCCUUUGACUUUGACCUCCACUGCCACCCAUAUUACCUCGCUUUCUGGCAGUGGCUCAUCUACUAGUUCUGCUUCGCACUCUGGAACCUCCACUUCCACUGCUGGUGCCCCCGCUGCUACCGGUGGCCUUGCUAUCGGUCUGGCUGGUGCUGCCGGUGUCCUGGGUCUUGCCCUUGCUCUGUAA